GCACAAGACCAGCCAUCAAACAUGGGUCUUUCAAAGUCGACGAGGAUAUGCAUCCUCCUGGCCAUUGACACAGUCUUCUUCCUCAUCGAACUCAUCACUGGCUAUGCCGUCCAUUCUCUCGCCCUCGUGGCCGACUCCUUUCAUAUGUAUCCAGNNCUUAACGAUGUCAUCUCCCUACUCGUUGGUCUUUGGGCCGUCAAGGUCGCCAACCAGAAGACAACGUCCAAAAUGUACACCUACGGCGUAUGUACUUACAUCCAAUCUACGAGUCGUCCACCCACUCACACUCUGCCAGNNUGGCAACGUGCCGAAACCCUAGGAGCCCUAGUCAACGGAGUCUUCCUCGUCGCCCUAUGCCUUUCCAUCUUCCUCGAAGCCAUCCAACGUUUCGUCGAGCCGCAAGAAGUCAGCAACCCUAAGUUUGUGCUGAUUGUAGGAUGUCUCGGUCUUGCCUCGAACAUUGUCGGUCUUUUCCUCUUCCACGACCACGGCCAUGGUGGCCACAGCCACGGCGGUCACUCUCAUGGUCACAGCCAUUCCCACGGAAACACCAUCAGCGACGCCGAAGAAGGUCGUGCUGCCCAGGACGAGGAUGCCGACGUUGCUGACGAGUCCGGAAACGUCGCCGAUGUGCUUCCUCAGAGCAGAGUUGCAAACUGGCCGAAGACUAAGAAGCCGACGGCGAGCGGCUCCGGAGCCAGCGAAGAUGUCGAAGUCCCACAAUCCGGCCACCGCCGUCAAAAGUCAAAGUCCAGUCGUUCCCGUUCAAGAGCCUACUCCGUAGAAGACGUGCCCGUCAACCCCUCAUCCUUCCGCCGUUCCAUCAUCGAGACUAGCAGGCUCCAAGACAUCGAAUCUGGCGAGAACACCGAGGACUCCGCCGCUGAGGACGACAAUGCCGACCAGACACCCCAACAGCCGCUCCUCAAUAAGAAUGGAGCCAACGGCUACGGUAGCAUUCAAAAGUCAAAACCCAUCGACCACAAGCAGCACAAGCACAGACAGCCCAAGGAGCAGUCCAGCGGCGGUGGCCACGGUCACUCUCACGACGACCUCAACAUGCGUGGUGUCUUUCUUCAUGUCAUGGGUGAUGCUCUCGGAAACAUUGGAGUCAUUGCUUCCGCCCUCUUCAUCUGGCUCACCGACUACAGCUGGCGCUUCUACACCGACCCUGGCAUCUCCCUCAUCAUUACCUGCAUCAUUCUCGCCUCAGCCAUCCCUCUCUGCCUUGCCGCCUCCCGCAUCUUGCUUCAAGCUGUCCCCGCUGGUCUGAGCAUCGAUGACAUCAAGGAAGAUAUCGAGGAGCUUCCUGGCAUUGUCAGUGCCCACCACCUCCAUGUGUGGCAGUUGAGCGACACCAAGCUUGUUGCAAGUUUGCACGUCCAGGUCGACUUUGACUUCAAGGGUGAGGGUUCGGCAAGAUACAUGGAACUCGCCCGCGCUAUCCGCGACUGCCUUCACGAGUAUGGCAUUCAUUCUUCUACCAUACAACCUGAGUUCUGUCUCGAUCCCGAACACGACCACUCUGCGCCUCUUGCCGAUGAUAACCACUUCGCUGGUGUAGACGGAGCCUCUUCUCGUAAGACUUUGGACAGGCAAGCCAGCAAUGCAAACAGCCUUCGCGCCGCGGCAGAUGCAUGCUUGCUUGAU